AUGAGUUAGAAGAGUUAAGCGUGACAGUGAAGAGAUGGAAGGCAUAGUACACAGGACAGUUGAAGUGAAUGGCAUAAAAAUGCAUGUUGCUGAGAAAGGUGAAGGUCCCGUGGUCUUGUUCCUCCACGGCUUCCCGGAGCUCUGGUACUCCUGGCGCCACCAGAUUCUGGCUCUCAGCAACCUCGGCUACCGCGCCGUGGCUCCAGAUCUCCGCGGCUACGGAGACACCGAGGCACCAGCUUCAAUCAGCAGCUACACCAUCCUCCACUUAGUUUCUGACAUCGUCGCGCUCAUUCACUCACUUGCUGUGGAUCAAGUCUUCCUCGUAGCCCAUGAUUGGGGGGCUGUCAUAGGUUGGUACCUCUGCUUGUUUCGCCCCGACAGAAUCAAGGCCUAUGUUUGUCUCAGUGUCCCUUUCAUGCCUAGAAACCCUAAAGUCAAGCCCGUUGAUGCCAUGCGGGCCCUAUAUGGAGAUGACUACUACAUCUGCAGAUUCCAGGAACCAGGCAAGGCGGAAGCUGAGUUUGCCAACAAUAGCAUUGAACAAGUAAUCAAGAACAUACUAACAAGUCGGAGACCUGGACCACCAAUCCUGCGCAAAGAAGGAGCAGGUUCCAAUUCCGAUCCUUCAAGGCCUCUUCCCACUUGGCUCUCACAAGAAGAUGUCACUUAUUAUGCUUCUAAAUUUACUAAGACAGGCUUAACUGGGGGCCUCAACUACUAUAGAAAUCUCAACCUAAAUUGGGAACUCACAGCACCAUGGACUGGAGUUCAAGUCAAAGUUCCCGUGAAGUUCAUUACAGGUGAUUUGGAUGCAGUAUACACUUCACUAGGGAUGAAGAACUAUAUAGAGAGCGGCGCUUUCAAGAAAGAUGUGCCAUGUUUGGAGGAAGUGGUUGUGCAGGAAGGGGUGGCUCACUUCAACAACCAAGAAGCUGCAGAGGAUGUCACUAAUCACAUUUAUGAUUUUAUCAACAAGUUCUGAUGCUAUCAGCUUAGUUAAUUCUUGCGCUAGCUGCUCAAUUUGAGUUUAGUUAAAUAAUGAUCUCUGCUACUCGCCGUGUUUCUUAGUUGAGUUUGCAGGCUCAUUGGUUUAAGCUCUAUUUGUACUAUCAUGAUUGUGCCAUUAUAGAAAUAUGUUUUCGUGAGAAUGUUCGCAGUUUGCCACAUAGACGGUAAUCCCUGUACUCCCGAAGCUAAUUGAAAUGUUGGUUUUGUUUUUGUUACAUGAA